AUGGGACUUUUUCGCAAUUACAUGGACGCGAUGCUAUCUGCCACCUUUUCUUCUUCACGUGAUCCUUCAUGUGGUAGCACCACGUUGCCCAAAAAGAGCAAAAAGAAACUCUUUUCUAAGUCAGUGCUAGAACCAGUACCAUCGCCUACCGCUAAAGCACAAACGAUCAUCCAAUCCCCACCCAAACGAUUGUCAGAGUUGAAGAUGAUGGGCACCUUGGCACCAGCACUUUUUGGAGAAGUUUUGGUGUGUCUUGAUACGAGAGUUGGGCGUUAUAUUGCCGUCAAGCGCGUCAAUAUGCGCUGCGCUGAAGCCCAAUUGACCGUUGAUCAACAUAUUCAGGUGGUCGAAAGUUUGCAGCAAGAGCGUGCUGUGCAUCGCAGACUUGUAGCUGCCAAAACGACAAAUUUGGUGCUACUGGAAGAAGAGGUACAUUAUGGUGGUCAUCUGUACCUCAUUUUUCCCUAUUGCUCGGGCGGUGACUUGUUUAAUGCAGUGCGUCGCAGUCCGAUGAAUGGUCGUUUAUUCGAAGGAACUACACGUCGCUUCAUGCGUCAUAUAGUGCGUGGUUUGCAAUGCUUGAAACAAAAUGGCCUGGCACACCGCGACAUUUCAUUGGAAAAUAUCUUGCUGGAUACAGACAAUGUCUGUCAUAUAUGUGACUUUGGAUUAGCCUCAGAGCAUGGUAAAUUGCUCGCCCCCGGUAGAGUGGGCAAAGUCUGGUACAUGGCCCCUGAGGUUUUUGCUGUUCGAGAGCCGUACGACCCAUUGUCAGCUGAUAUUUGGUCUCUCGGUGUGCUGCUUGCAAUCAUGUUAACAGGCGUCCCACUUGUGCGGAAACCCACAAAUGAUGACCGUCACUUUUGUGUCUUAAGUCAUGGCGGUGGAGUGCGCGAGCUACGUCAUAUUUUUCCUUCCAAACUUUCGGAAAAUGUUUGGGACCUUAUGGACAAGCUGCUCACGAUUGACCCACAAAGGCGUCCAACACUGGAACAAGUUGCCGAACACCCAUUUUUGUCGUUAGACUACACCAACAGCGAAGUACAAAGUGGGUGGCCUUGA